AUGGCCUACCACCCGAUCAGGCUGCCUCCCACCUUGUGCCCUGUGAUGGCCUACUACCCCAUCAGGCUGCCUCCCACCUUGUGCCCUGUGAUGGCCUACUACCCCAUCAGACUGCCUCCCACCUUGUGCCCUGUGAUGGCCUACUACCCCAUCAGGCUGCCUCCCACCUUGUGCCCUGUGAUAGCCUACUACCCCAUCAGACUGCCUCCCACCUUGUGCCCUGUGAUGGCCUACUACCCCAUCAGGCUGCCUCCCACCUUGUGCCCUGUGAUGGCCUACUACCCCAUCAGGUUGCCUCCCACCUUGUGCCCUGUGAUGGCCUACUACCCCAUCAGACUGCCUCCCACCUUGUGCCCUGUGAUGGCCUACUACCCCAUCAGACUGCCUCCCACCUUGUGCCCUGUGAUGGCCUACUACCCCAUCAGGCUGCCUCCCACCUUGUGCCCUGUGAUGCCCUACCACCCCAUCAGGCUGCCUCCCACCUUGUGCCCUGUGAUGGCCUACUACCCCAUCAGGCUGCCUCCCACCUUGUGCCCUGUGAUGGCCUACUACCCCAUCAGGCUGCCUCCCACCUUGUGCCCUGUGAUGCCCUACUACCCCAUCAGGCUGCCUCCCACCUUGUGCCCUGUGAUGGCCUACCACCCGAUCAAGCUGCCUCCCACAGUGUGA